AUGUCUAUUUUCCUUCUUUUGCUACUUGCCAUACUUGUAAUUUUACAUAUAAUUGUAAAAGUGUUCAUAAAUCGUCGUCGGGCGGAGGAGCUCCUAAAACGUUUGCCCGAUUUCAAAGCACUUCCAUCGGUACCACUACUCGGCAGUGUUCUGCUGUUUAAGAACACUUCUCCAGACAGUGUGUUACGGACGCAGGUCGACUUUCACCGACAGUACGGUAAGAACCUGUUGCUGCAGGAGCUCUGUAACGGAUUCAAACUGUUGGUUAGCGAGCCACGUGUGGUGGAGCAAGUGAUUCAGGCAAAAACCAUUCGUAAACCAUCCUUCUACGACUUCAUCAAGCCCUGGUUGGGUAUCAGCACGGUAAUAGCGUGCGGACAGCAGUGGAGAAACCGGCGGAAGUUGAUCGAUCCGGUGUUCAAUUACAAAAUGCUCGAAGACUUUCUGGAAGUGAUGAUUGCCCAUUCGGAUGUGCUUGUGGGCAAGUUGGCACCGUAUGUCGGUGGAGACGAUUUCGACAUCUACAACCCGAUCCGAUACUGCACGAUGGACAUUGUCUGCGACUCGGCGAUGGGUGUUCAACUCCAUUGCCAGUCGAAUCCUACGGGACAAUUUAUUGCUGCCACCGACGAGGUCAUAGAUCUCAUACACAAGCGAAUGUUUGAUCCGCUGCGAGGCCAUAGUUGGGUUUAUCCGUUGACGAGCGCUGGGCGGCGCAUGAGGAAAAUGGUGAAGGUGUUGCACAAGUUCACAGAUGAUGUCGUUAGCGAACGAAAACUGCUCCGUAGCAAUGGUGCCCCACAGCGAACGACCGUCCUCGACAUGCUUCUGGAAACACGGCCCAACGGUCAACCGUUGUCCGAUGAUGACGUUCGUGGAGAAGUGAGCACGUUUAUGUUUGCCGGCCACGAGACAACCACUUCCUGUCUCAGCUUUGCCCUGUAUUACCUCUCCCGAUAUCCCGUCGUUCAGCAGAAAGUUUACGAUGAAAUUGGGACCGUCUACGCGGCUGCUGGUGACCUCCGCGAAGUCCCGUUAACCUACGCUUCACUGAACGAGCUCCGCUACUUGGAGAUGGUUAUCAAGGAAACACUUCGCAUCAGUCCACCAGCACCAAUGGUUGGUCGGUGCGCGGCCGGCGAUAUGAUUAUUGAUGGCAUCCCGAUACCGGCCGGCACGGAGGUGAUGCUCAACAUCUUCGUCAUGCAAACCGACCCAGACUUCUUCCCCGAGCCGGACGUGUUCUGUCCGGAACGGUUCACCGGCCAGAACAAUGGCUCCACCGGAACGCAUAUAAUGCCGUACAGUUACAUUCCAUUCAGUGCCGGACUGCGAUCCUGUAUGGGGCAACGUUACGCGAUGUUAGAAAUGAAAACUGUUCUGGUUAAGCUCUUAAUCCAUUACCGGGUGUUGCCGAGUUCGGAAGAGAAAGUCCUGAAAGUGAAGGCGGACAUAACACUAAAGCCCCACGGUGGUGCGUUCAUCAAAUUGCUGCCAAGGUAG